AUGUCGGUUGUACUCAUGAAGGUAUGUGUAUGCCUCUUCAAGUGCAUCUUGCCGACUAGUCCAAUAACAUGUUGCCUUUAAAGGGUAGUGUAUGCUCUCCACUGUAAUCAACGGUUUCUUCACCAACAUUCCGAACUUGCACUCUUGUAACUGACUGUAUGGUGUUCUUUAAUGGGCUUAGUGUCCAUAGCACUACCAGGUCUUCAUUAUCCACCCUUAUCGUGCAAUGGCUUGAACAGCAAAAUCUGCUUGUUUCAAUGUCCUUGUUUACAACACCAUUGCACUGCUGUCCAUUGCUCAGUGUAAAUUUUACUUUUUUAAAGUUUAAGGUUAUAACUGGAAAUGAUGGAAUUCUCUAUGGGAAUGAAGCAUGUUUGAUUGAUGUAAUUGUGACUUUAAUCUCUGUAGUGUCAUCUGCAAAAUGAGUAAAGCAUAUAUCUAUAUAUCUCCUCAAAAUUAACCAUGUGAGGAAAAAUUCACACCAAGUACACAAACAUAAAGGAUGAAAGGAAGCAAAUUCAAGUUGAAAGGGCACUAUGGAUUUUGAAGUUUAUUCGUCUUUAUAGUCGCGUUUAGUCAUAAGCAUUGACAUGAUUGUAGAUAUAUUUCUAAAUUAUUACUGCUUCACAGGCAUGUCAGAAGUCAAUCAACCCUCACAGAUAUAGUUAAAUGUGUAAUAAAAUGCACCAACAGUGUUCAUUUUGUCUUUAUUAUAUUUUAGUACAUGUGGAUAUUUCAAAAGAUGAGCCUGUCACAUUGCCAAAAAGUGCAACCAAAGAAUUACGGAGCAUAACUGUCAUGAAUGUUGACAUUUAUGAGACCUGCAUAAGGAAAUUGGAACCAAGGCAAAUGAUAAAUGAUAACAUUAUUAAUAUGCUGUUAAAGUAAGUGCUACUUUUGCAAAACAAGUAGGUCAUACUAAGUGUAAAUGCUACAUGUGAGAAUAUUUUCCAUUGCAGAGAUUUCAAGGAUUGCAAAAUUCCAUUUGUGAGCACAUAUUUUUAUACUGCUCUAUGUGGAGAACAAGGUUCCAAUACAUUGAGGUACAUGUCUAGUUAAUUCAAAUUUAUUAUCUACUGUAUAUUACAAUGAAAGACAACAUUGGAAGCAUUUAAGGUUUUUAGUGAUUUUGAUGCAUUGUAAAUAUUAUUAACUGGUGCUGUCUGCACCAAUCCAAAAUUACAAAAUAGGGUUGGGCCUCUGUUUCUUGAAGAAUCAGGUAAGAAGUUUUUGAAAUCUGUUUUGAUUAUUCAAACUUUUACCACUAUAGGCGGUGCUACGAGAAUGCAGAAGUGUUCUUUAAACCAGAGUUAUGGACAAAUGAUUUUUUAUUCAUACCAAUAAACAGAAGGUAAUAUAAAUUAAAUAAUGUAUGUGUACCAACAAUGAUGCCCUUCCCUUUCCCUAUUAGUUUUGCAACAAGGUACAUAUUGGUUAAAUUGUAUAAUAUUUUGUGUUUCAGUUACCACUGGCUAUUGGCUGUCAUCACUCCAUGGUAAGAAUCAAAAGUUUAAAACAAACAUCUUAAACAUUUCAUGCCCAACGUUAAGUUAAAAUUUGAGAAAAAAUGAUUUUUUGUAGGCAUGUCCUCAUAAUGGAUUCUUUAACUUGGGAUAUUGGAAGUAGGAGAAAGGAGUUUAGUCUCCUUUUCAGGUAAGAUGCAUUUGUAUUAUGAUUUAGACAUUUGUAUCAAAAUCAGCAGACCUGCCAAGUCUCACGAUUUUUUAUGCUUUCUCACGAUUAAGUCCCCAAAUCUCACAACUUUUGGGCAAAAUCUCUGCUAAAACCACAAAUGAUUCUAAACACCUGUGGAAAAAAGAAAUACAUGCUAUUAUUUCAUGAUACUUGACACUGGAAACUACUGAAGCCAUAAAAAAACCCAGCUUAUUUUUAAUAAGCCUUGCAAUAUGGUUAUAUUAACAAAAUAUAAAUGCAUACUAUCCUAAGAUUGAAUACCUAUUGAUUAUUUUCUAGUGUUGUUAAAGUGAACCCUGGUCAUAUUAAUGAGCAAACCUAAAAAUUUCUAAGUCUCGCGAUUUUUCAGUCAAUCUCACAACUUUUUAGAUAGCAACUCACUAUUUCUGCUACUCAGGGGUUGGCAGGUCUGAAAAUGUGUUUUGUUACAAAGUUAUUUUACAAAGUUGUUUUUUUAUUCUAUAUAGAUUCUUUGAGCAUUUGUGCAAAAAAAACGCUUUGCUAUGGUGGCCCAUUGUUCUCGUUGAAAAAACACAAGAUGAAAGGAACAUUAUGUAA